CGGGCCAAAAUGUGACAAACUUUAUUGGAUAGAGGAAGUAAUAAAGAGAAGACUAUCAUACUACAAAACUAAGCUAGACUCCUAAGAUGUUGCCCACUUGAACAACUGACUCUAAUAUGGCUAAGGCACGUCAUACCCCAGAACUGUGGCCGUGUCGCCCAGUUGCGCAGCGGGCACGAACACCAGUACACCACACUCUCACGGUGUACACGCGACAUCCCAGAUACCGCUCGUCGCCUCUCUUUUCCUGAUGGGCCCACUGCCUAUUGAAAAACCUGGCACCCAACCAAGAACCCGUAACCAAAAUCCCCACUUUUUAUCCUCCACCACAGUAAAAACCCAAUUUUGGGGAGGCCCUAAAUCUUUGUUCGACAAAACAAUGCAACUAUUGCACCGUCCAUCACAAGAAAAAUCAAAGAUUUGGACGUAGCAUAAGCUAAACAGCUGUCCUCGUACAAAUGGGGACCAAAACAAAUAACACAGUACCCACAACUUUAUGACCUAACAAAACCUAAUAAUAUUUGUACCGAGACAUUGAAUUGAAACUCACUACUUCCACAAUAAAAAUGGCCAAGUCCCCACUUUGCUUCAAAUUCACUGGCUCCUAGCAUCCAAAACAUCAUGUGGGAAAAUAUAUAAUAUACUGUGACAAUAUAAUAAAUUUGGAAAACACGUGUCUGGAUAUGAGUGGGGAGUAAAAUAUACAAUUAUUGAACUUCCCACUUUCCAGCCAAGAACCUAACAAUACAAUGUGGGGAACCCUCUUGGACAACGACCACCAAAACAAAGAUGAAAAUCAUUACUAGGCGGAGUAAUUUCUAAAGUGGCAAAUAAUAAUAAUUUAACGCUUACCAUCUUCAUUUUCUAUUUAUACUAAUCUAGGGUAAUAACGAGGAAGAAACCAAGAGCUUAAAAGUGAUCCACAGAGUGACAUGGUAUUAACUAUUAACCGUGUGAGGUACACAAAAUUUAACCGUCUCAGAUCAGAAAAGGCUCUGGUAUGAAAAUACCUUAGAAAAAUCUCUGAAGUUGAACCGAUUCCUGAUUGGCUGAGAAGCUUUUCAAGAACAGAAUAACAUGAUAAAUGCAUGUGUAGGAAGAUGAGUUGUAUAGUCCAAGCUUUAUAUCAAGAAACUGAUGUAGGGUCACAUAAAAGAGUUUUAUCGAAAGAUUAAGAGUGGUCUCAAAUAUAUCUUUUACGUCAAUCGGGUUGCAAAUUGUUACACUUUAGCAUGCUUUAACACCAAAAUUGUUACACUUUAGCAUGCUUUAACACCAAAAUUGUUUUGUACAAAAUUAGACUACGCAUUCAAGAAAAAAGGAAAAGGGAAAAGAUGGCAUCAGUACCUGUGGUCCUGGCCUAUUUCUGCUCUCUCUUCAACCAGUCAAGCUUGACUUAUUCACCUUGUUUCACUUUUGUCAUCUGGUUACUAUUCUCCGGGCAUUCACUCUCCAAGGUUCUACGCCAAAAGAAUGGAAACCGACAGGGAAGUAGGGAAAAUGAUCAUCCAGGAAACUGAAUUCGACGAGGAAGGUGAAGAUGACGAAGACAUCGGAGAAGAUAACAAGAAAGAAGGAGCAUUGACUCCCUCCAAAAGAAGAGCAUCUAGUGCAGGAGGAUCGACACAGCGUUCUUGUCAGGCAGAAGACUGCACUGCUGAUAUGGCUGAUGCCAAGCCUUAUCAUCGUCGACAUAAAGUUUGUGAAUUUCAUGCCAAGGCGGCAGUGGUUCUUCUUUCUGGCAUAAGACAGCGUUUCUGCCAACAGUGUAGCAGGUUUCACGAACUAUCAGAGUUUGAUGAAGCUAAAAGAAGUUGCCGCAGGCGUUUGGCAGGGCACAAUGAGCGACGGCGCAAGAGUUCAUAUGAUUCUCACUGAAAAGAGAUGUAAUCAAAUAAUUUAGUCUCUAAGAGGACUGAAAUUCACACAAUCCAGAUUGAUGAGGAUGGCCUUAUAAUGGGCCCUACUCCUGAGGAUUCAGUGUGCUCUCUAUCUUCUGUCAAUUGCUGGAUUUCUUUCCACGAAGAACCAGCUCAUUCUGUAUGAGUCAAAUAUUUUGAAACCAUUUCUUGCCCUUGUGGUUUGAUUGGUAUUGACAACAUAUGUGUCAUGCCACACAAGGAAGCUUUAUUUAUCUUUACUUUGAUCUUUUAGACCUAUCAA